AUGAACGGCCGGCCUUUAAAUUCCCCCCAGAUCAGGCUAUUCUCUUGAACUUAUACACACACAGAUUUCGGGCAAAGCGGGGAAAGAGAAAUGGAGUGCUGCGGGAGGCCUAACAGGAGCGACGUUCACUUGUCCAAGGAGGAAGAGGCCAUGAUCGAGGAGAAAACCAAGGAGUACUUCGACGGUGUUGCUCCCAAGCGGCAUACGAAGCCCCAGCGGAGCGAGUACUCCUCCAAUUAUGUCGACGUCCUGUCCACCGAUGGCGAUAUCCCGGAAUUCGUGCAGUUCCAGCGCCUUGAGAAUGAUCCUCAGAAACUUGUCUACAGUGCAUGCGAAGCGAAGGAGGACUUCAUGGAGACUGAAUAUUACAAGGAUCUCAACUGCGUUGACAAGCAACACCACAGGACUGGGACAGGCUUUAUAACAGUGGAGAACACCAAAGGCGAGGGCUUCAAUCUUGACUCGGAAACCUCCACCAUACAUCAUGCCUCUUGCAAGGGGAACCCAGCAACAAAUGAGUGGAUUCCAGCUGCUUCUGACAGUGUGACAUUUCACUCCGAUAAACCAAAAAGAAGUGAUAAUUGAGAAGAGAGCAACGAUGUUGUUAUGACUUCAAACAAGCCCAGUGCUUUAUGCAGUUAUUUCAACUUGCUUAUGAGCUUUUACUAUUCUGAAAAUGUACUGCAAAUUAUGUUCUUCGAGGUGUUUCAGUGUUUAAAUGUAAGUUUCUGAAUGUUAUGCAUCAUUUAAAAAGUGAAAUGAAGAGUUAAUCUUGUUGCUUA